AUGGUACUCGACUACAGCAAGUGGGAUGCCCUCGAGCUCUCCGAUGACUCAGAUAUUGAGGUGCACCCCAAUGUUGACAAACGAUCAUUUAUUCGAGCCAAGCAGGCUCAGAUCCACCAGCAACGAGAGCAGCGUCGCCAUGAUAUCCUAACACUGAAGUAUGAGCGCAUUAUCAACGACGGACUACUCUCGCGCAUCGACAAGCUUCUUGACUCAUUGAAAAAGCAUGAGGAUUCUUCUGCCCCCCCGGAGCAAUUCAUCUUUCAGACUAUUAUGGAAUUCGCCAGCAACCCGGCGGAUGAUCAAGCCCCGCCACCUCCCGAGGGCGUCCAUACCCACGAAAAGGAACAACCUAAAUACUCGCAAAUGAUGAGCGCUUUAGUGGACCAAGUGAAAAAGGAGCUUGGUGACUGCAAGCUCGAUAAUCUUUUCAAGGCAUACACCGAAGGUGUGCAGGAACACAAGGAUAAGGUGCAGGGACUGCAGAAGGAAUUGUUGACAAAAUUGGCUCAGUUGGAAAAGGAAGAGAGCCGGAAGAUCACAAGUGACCAGUUGCAUGAAGGAUUCAAUACUUCUCAUGUCGCGAAAGCAGAGGAGAAGAGCAAAGCGGCUGCACCAGCUAAGCAGACCGAGGUUGAGUUGCUUAACCCUGGAGCGGAAAGUCAAUCCUCGGCAUCCAACGCUGAGAAUUAUGACGAUGAUGACGAUCCCGCAAACAUUGAGAUCAGCCCACUGGCCAAGCGCUUUGCGAAGCUCAAGCCGAAUGACUAUAGCGCCUACCUACAGUUCAUAUCUGAGUAUCCAUCAAUUGUGGCAGAGAAGGAGACUGACGGCCUUCUUGUUGAGGCCUUCAACUGCCAGCUGAAGGGUGACGAAGCAUUUGCUCGCCAAUGUGUCCACCAAGGCUUGCUGCUGCAGUACUGCCGCUCACUUGGACCCGAUGGUAUCAAGCUAUUUUUCAGCCGUAUCACCACCAAGGAUCACCGCGCCUCAACCUUGUUCAACAACGAUGUCAAAGACACCUACAACCGGAUCAAAACUCGCGCAGCUGAGCUUGCUAAAGACAACUCUGCAUCGAAUGAUCCUGCCGGUGUUGAACAGAUCCAGCUGCACGCUGUUGACCCUAAUACGAAAAUUACCAUCAAUCUGCCCGGAGCUAACAGUGAGGAUCCGAUUGAGAUUGAAGCACGCAAGAUAUUUGAUGCCUUCCCUUUGGAUCUUCAGAAGGCACUGGCAUCUGAGUCUCUGGAUGAGGUCAACAAGGUUCUUGGUAACAUGUCCGUUGAGGACGCCGAAGUGAUUGUUGAGCAACUCGGCAAUGGCGGCAUGCUCAGCCUGGAGGAGGGCAUCAUCGACGGAACCACAGAAGAAGGCCAGAAGAAACUCGCUGAGCUCGAGGCUGAGGGUAAAGAGGAGGUUGGCAAGCACGGUGGCGACGUAACAGAGCUCGAUUAA